AUGUACAUUGAUUCAAACAAUCGUACAUUGAGCGGGGGUGAGAAAGUUGAGGAACCAGAGAACAAUCCUUCAUUAAAUAAGAGUAGUGAAAUUGAAGAACCUAAGAAGGGGAUGUGCUUUACCUCAAAGCAAGGAGUGCACGAGUUCUAUGCAAAAUAUGCGAAAAACCUUGGAUUUGCUAUAGCUUACAGAACACAAAAUGUUGGUGUAGCACUUCGGGGCGUCACAGUUGGAGCUAAUGGAAAGGUGAAAUACUUUGGAAUUGAAUGUACUCGGGCGCAGAAGAGGACAAAAAGAUCAGAAGUAAACCCCCUGAAGCCAUCUUUGUUAUCGAAAAUUGAUUAUAAAACAAAGAGGAUUCUUACUCUUGUGAAGAGAAGAUUAGAAAUAAACGAUGAAGUAGGAAUAGGGGUGUCUAGGAAUUUUCAUUCUAUAGUUGUUGAAGCGGGGGGAUAUGAGGCAUUAACAUUUGAUGAACGAGAUGCAAUGAACCACAUUAAAAAUGCUAGAAGAUUGAGGCUUGGGGUAGGAGAUGCCGAAUCAGUUGCAUUUUAUUUUCAUAAGAUGCAACAAGAAAAUUCAAACUUCUAUUCUGCAAUUGACUUUGAUGCUCGACAUCGUUGGUGUUUAUGGCAUAUAAUGAAGAAAAUUCCCGAGAAAUUGAGAGGAUAUUCCCAAUAUGAAGCCAUCAAAUUCGCUUUACAAAAUGCAGUGUAUGAUUCUUUCACAAAAGAUGAAUUUGAUGAGGAAUAG